CCUGUUCCAAAAAAACCCCUGCCUGUCACACAAAUACUUCUCUCUUACAUCAUCUGAAUCUGUAAGUUCACAUUUCGAAGACUCCUGGAGCAGAAACACCCUUCCUCUAUGGUCAAAAAGUGGAAGUUAGUCGAUUAGCAGUCAUGAACCGCACUGAUUGUCAGUACCGUUUUAAACUGAUCAUGAUAGGUGGAGAUUGUGUUGGAAAGUCAUGCAUGCUGCAGCGCUACACAAGAGGCCAGUUUCCAGAAAGUGUAAAUGUGACCAUUGGAAUGAGCUUCCGCAAUCACAUCCUAGAGGUGGAGCCCGGGGUGAGAGUGGCUCUGGACAUUUAUGAUACAGCCGGUCAUGAAUCCUUUUGGCAGGUUAUCUGCUGUUGCUUCCCUCAGUCUGCCGGAUGUCUGCUGGUGUUUGAUCUGGGCGAUAACAAAUCUUUCAGUUACAUCAAGCAUCGAUACACAGAGGUGUGCAAGGCUGUCCGUCCAUACAGUGUGCGGUUUUUGCUGGUGGGACACAAGUGUGACAGAGAAGAGCGAGAUGUGAGUCAAGAAGAAGUGGACGAGUUCGCAAGUAAAGUUGAAGCUCUGUACAUCGAGGCCUCUGCUAAAACAGGUCACAAUGUGGCAGAAGCUUUUGAGCUGUUAACCCGCCACAUUUAUCAGGGCUUAAUUAAUGGAGAAGUGCAUUUGCAUGAAAGCUGGGGAAAGAUUGAGAACAAAACCAACAAAUGCUGUGCCUCAUGAGAUAAACAUGACUACAAUUUUUGAUUGUCAAUACAAAAGCCAUGCAAAAAAUGAAGAAAAGAAAUUAAUGAUAUAAAUCACUAUAAAUCACAUUUCAUAAGAUGACAGUGACUGAACAUAGUUUUUGAGUAAACUGCUGUUUGUAUUUCUCUUCUAUUUUAUUGUGCUGUUUAAAGAAAUCAAAACAACAGAAUUAUAUAAUUUUAACCCUU